GUCUCUGUUUCCAGAGAGGCAGUGGAGGCUGCAACGUGCCGCUUUGGUGUUCGAGUCAAACGCGACGCGGUUGCUGGGAAGCUCUCUGCCGCUUUAGUUGCUUGGAAUCGAUAAAAUUGAUAACGCUCACCGUCCGGGUGCAACAAGUAACUUCAUCUACUGGUGUAGAAGCCAACAUCACCAACAUCCUUGCCCUUGAAGAGGAUAAAAAAGCAGCUGGUAGAAAGACCUCUCGGAUGGCCCUGCUUUGGCUGCUGUUGUACCUGGUGCUGAUUGUGUUGGCCCUGACAGCGUCCGUGAAGAUCUACAGCUUGGUCACCGUGGGAAGAUGCACAUCGACGCGGGACAUGUCCGGAAAGACUGUGAUCAUCACAGGAGCUAGCAGGGGAAUCGGCAAGGAGACUGCCCGUGAGCUGUGCCGGCGCAAGGCUCGCGUUAUCCUGGCCUGCAGAGACGUCGACAAGGCUCGUGCGACUGCAGAGGAUAUUGGGCGUGACACCGGCGUGCGACCCUUGUGUAUGCGCUUGGACCUGUGCUCCUUCGCCUCCAUCAGGCAGUUCGCGUCCCAGGUGGUCGCCCAGGAGGAGCGCCUUGACGUGCUUAUCAACAAUGCCGGCGUAUUGUCUCCACCGAGCAGAACGGAGACAGAAGAUGGAUACGAGAUUACAUUCCAGACAAAUUAUUUGGGUCACUUCUUGCUGACAAACCUCCUUCUUGGUCUUCUGAAGAAGAGCUCGCCGAGCCGCAUCAUCAACGUGGGCUCUAUUGCUCACUGGUUCGCUGCGUUUGAUGCUGACGUCGGCUUCCAAAAAUACCAGCAAAACCUCGUAUACCCCUGCACUAAGCUCUACAUGACGCUCUUUACGAUGGAACUUGCGCGCAGACUGGCUGAUACCGGUGUGACGGUCAACUGCUUGCAUCCGGGACUCGUUCAAUCCGAAUUCGCCACAGCUGCGAACUUCUACGCAAGAAUAGUUAACUUUUGUAUUCGAUGCUUCGGCAAGAGUGUCAAGGAUGGUGCACAGACGUCAGUACACCUGGCAGUCUCGGAGGAGGUGGAAGGCAUCACUGGGAGAAUGUUCGCCGACUGCAAGCCGACAUCGUUUCCUGGAAAUUUCCACGAUGCCGAGAACUUAUGGGACGUGUCACACAAAAUGGCGGGACUCUGCUGAGGCACAUCCAGACGCCCCUUGAAACGCUUGUACAGCUAAAUUAUUUGUGGCAUCAUACUACCGAAACAGUGGCAUCUCAACUCUAUUGAGGUAAUUAGAUGCUAUACGCUUGUACAGCUAUGCUACAUGUAAUAUCACGAUAAUCAAGCAGUGGCACCCAAAUACGAUGUAGGUUUUUUUCAAUUUUACCUGGAGUCUAUUUGGGAGCUACUGCUCCAAGAUUGUUCCAACUUCCAAUAGCCCAUUAUGAAAAUAAAGUUUUAUGCGUGAUGAAUAACUGCAGUGCAAAUUCGUGAGGUGCGCGCCAAAUUUUAGUAAGGCUCAAAUGAUAAACCUUUCCAUUAGUAUUCAUAUAAUAUGUCUUAUCCUCAUGUGCACAACAGAAGUGUUAGAGUAAAGGUUAUUCAACGAAAUUUCACAUUGACUUUGUCAAUAAACGACAAUGAACUGUUAAA